GUUGCAGGCUCCCGGACGGAGGCUCCUGUCAGCCCGUGGGUCGGUCCUCCCGCCGGCCCUCCCCUUCCCUGGUGGUGUCCGCCCCCAGGAUCCCCCGAUGGGGGAGAAGUGGCGACGGCGGCAGCGGAAUAGCCGAGCAGGAGCGUGAGCGGCUCCGGGGCCCCAUUCGCCGCGGAGGCCAUGGGCGACCCAGCCCCCGCCCGCAGCCUGGACGACAUCGACCUGUCCGCCCUGCGGGACCCUGCUGGAAUCUUUGAGCUGGUGGAAGUGGUUGGCAAUGGAACCUAUGGACAGGUGUACAAGGGUCGUCACGUCAAGACGGGGCAGCUGGCUGCCAUCAAGGUCAUGGAUGUCACGGAGGAUGAGGAAGAAGAGAUCAAGCAGGAGAUCAACAUGUUGAAAAAAUACUCUCACCACCGCAACAUUGCCACCUACUAUGGAGCCUUCAUCAAGAAGAGCCCCCCUGGGAACGACGACCAGCUCUGGCUGGUAAUGGAGUUCUGUGGUGCUGGUUCCGUGACGGACCUGGUAAAGAAUACAAAAGGGAAUGCCCUGAAGGAGGACUGCAUCGCCUACAUCUGCAGGGAGAUUCUGCGGGGUCUGGCCCAUCUCCACGCCCACAAGGUGAUUCACCGAGACAUCAAGGGGCAGAACGUGCUGCUGACAGAGAAUGCCGAGGUCAAGCUAGUGGAUUUCGGGGUGAGUGCUCAACUGGACCGCACCGUGGGAAGGCGAAACACUUUCAUUGGGACCCCCUACUGGAUGGCCCCGGAGGUCAUCGCCUGUGAUGAGAACCCCGAUGCCACCUAUGAUUACAGGAGUGACAUCUGGUCUCUAGGAAUCACAGCCAUUGAGAUGGCAGAGGGCGCCCCCCCUCUGUGUGACAUGCAUCCCAUGCGAGCCCUCUUCCUCAUCCCUCGGAACCCACCACCCAGGCUCAAGUCCAAGAAAUGGUCUAAGAAGUUCAUCGACUUCAUUGACACAUGUCUCAUCAAGACUUACCUGAGCCGCCCACCAACAGAGCAGCUGCUAAAGUUCCCCUUCAUCCGCGACCAGCCCACAGAGCGGCAGGUCCGCAUCCAGCUCAAGGACCACAUCGACCGAUCUCGGAAGAAGCGAGGCGAGAAAGAGGAGACAGAAUAUGAGUACAGCGGCAGUGAAGAGGAAGAUGACAGCCAUGGAGAGGAAGGAGAACCAAGCUCCAUCAUGAACGUGCCCGGCGAGUCCACGCUACGCCGGGAGUUCCUCCGGCUCCAGCAGGAGAAUAAGAGCAACUCGGAGGCUUUAAAGCAGCAGCAGCAGCUGCAGCAGCAACAGCAGCGAGACCCUGAGGCGCACAUCAAACACCUCCUGCACCAGCGGCAGCGCCGCAUCGAGGAGCAGAAGGAAGAGCGGCGGCGCGUUGAGGAGCAACAACGGCGGGAGCGGGAACAGCGGAAGCUGCAGGAGAAGGAACAGCAACGGCGUCUGGAGGACAUGCAGGCCCUGCGGCGGGAGGAGGAGAGGCGGCAAGCAGAGCGGGAGCAGGAAUACAAGCGGAAGCAGCUGGAGGAGCAGCGGCAGUCGGAGCGCCUGCAGAGGCAGCUGCAGCAGGAGCACGCCUACCUCAAGUCCCUGCAGCAGCAGCAGCAGCAGCAGCAGCUGCAGAAACAGCAGCAGCAGCAGCAGCAGCAGGUCCUUCCUGGGGACAGGAAGCCCCUGUACCAUUAUGGUCGGGGCAUUAACCCUGCCGACAAGCCAGCCUGGGCCCGAGAGGUAGAGGAGAGAACAAGGAUGAACAAGCAGCAGAACUCUCCCUUGGCCAAGACCAAGCCAAGCAGCACGGGGCCUGAGCCCCCUGUUCCUCAGGCCUCCCCCGGGCCCCCAGGACCACUUUCCCAAACCCCUCCGAUGCAGAGGCCGGUGGAGCCCCAGGAGGGACCGCACAAGAGCCUGGUGGCACACCGGGUCCCACUGAAGCCAUAUGCAGCGCCUGUACCCCGAUCCCAGUCCCUGCAGGACCAGCCCACCCGAAACCUGGCCGCCUUCCCAGCCUCUCAUGACCCUGACCCUGCCGCCCCCACACCCACUGCCACGCCCAGUGCCCGAGGAGCUGUCAUCCGCCAGAAUUCAGACCCUACCUCGGAAGGGCCUGGCCCCAGCCCGACCCCCCCAGCCUGGGCCCGGCAGGACAAUGAGGCCCCACCCAAGGUGCCUCAGAGGACCUCAUCUAUUGCCACUGCCCUUAACACCAGUGGGGCCGGAGGGGCUCGGCCAGCCCAGGCUGUCCGUGCCAGACCUCGCAGCAACUCCGCCUGGCAAAUCUAUCUGCAAAGGAGGGCAGAGCGGGGGAGCCCCAAGCCUCCAGGGCCCCCUGCUCAGCCCCCUGGUCCGCCCAACGCCUGUAGUAACCCCGACCUCAGAAGGAGCGACCCUGGCUGGGAGCGCUCGGAUAGUGUCCUCCCUGCCUCUCACGGGCACCUUCCCCAGGCCGGCUCUCUGGAGCGGAACCGUGUGGGAGCCUCUUCCAAACUGGACAGCUCCCCAGUGCUGUCCCCUGGGAACAAAGCCAAGCCCGAUGACCACCGCUCGCGGCCAGGCCGGCCCGCAAGCUAUAAGCGAGCCAUUGGUGAGGAUUUUGUGUUGCUGAAAGAGCGGACCCUGGAUGAGGCCCCACGGCCUCCCAAGAAGGCCAUGGACUACUCAUCGUCCAGUGAGGAGGUGGAGAGCAGUGAGGACGACGAGGAGGAAAGCAAUGGCGAACCAUCAGAAGGGAGCAGAGACACCCCUGGGGCCCGCAGCGAUGGGGACACAGACAGCGUCAGCACCAUGGUGGUCCAUGAUGUGGAGGAGAUCACCGGGACCCAGACCCCCUAUGGGGGUGGCACCAUGGUGGUCCAGCGUACACCUGAAGAGGAGCGAAGCCUGCUGCAUGCCGACAGCAAUGGCUACACAAACCUGCCAGACGUGGUCCAGCCCAGCCACUCGCCCACGGAAAGCAGCAAAGGCCAAAGCCCCCCCGUGAAGGAUGGAGGCAGUGACUACCAGUCUCGUGGGCUGGUGAAGGCCCCUGGCAAGAGCUCGUUCACGAUGUUUGUGGACCUAGGCAUCUACCAGUCCGGAGGCAGCGGGGACACCAUCCCUAUCACAGCCCUGGUGGGUGGAGAGGCCAGUCGGCUUGAUCAGCUGCAGUAUGAUGUGCGGAAAGGCUCUGUGGUCAACGUGAACCCCACCAACACACGGGCCCACAGUGAAACCCCCGAGAUUCGGAAGUAUAAGAAGCGAUUCAAUUCCGAGAUCCUCUGCGCAGCCCUUUGGGGUGUCAACCUGCUGGUGGGCACGGAGAACGGGCUGAUGUUGCUGGACCGAAGUGGGCAGGGCAAGGUGUAUGGACUCAUUGGGCGGCGGCGCUUCCAGCAAAUGGAUGUGCUGGAAGGACUCAACCUGCUCAUCACCAUCUCAGGGAAAAGGAACAAACUGCGCGUGUAUUACCUGUCCUGGCUCCGGAACAAGAUUCUGCACAAUGACCCGGAAGUGGAGAAGAAGCAGGGCUGGACCACCGUGGGGGACAUGGAGGGCUGCGGGCACUACCGCGUUGUGAAAUACGAACGUAUUAAGUUCCUGGUCAUCGCCCUGAAGAAUUCCGUAGAGGUGUAUGCCUGGGCCCCCAAACCCUACCACAAAUUCAUGGCCUUCAAGUCCUUUGCCGACCUGCCUCACCGCCCUCUGCUGGUGGACCUGACGGUAGAGGAGGGACAGCGGCUCAAAGUCAUCUAUGGCUCCAGUGCUGGCUUCCACGCAGUGGACGUCGACUCGGGGAACAGCUAUGACAUCUACAUCCCUGUUCAUAUCCAGAGCCAGAUCACGCCCCACGCCAUCAUCUUCCUCCCCAACACCGAUGGCAUGGAGAUGCUGCUGUGCUACGAGGACGAGGGCGUCUACGUCAACACGUACGGGCGGAUCAUUAAGGAUGUGGUGCUGCAGUGGGGAGAGAUGCCCACUUCCGUGGCCUACAUCUGCUCCAACCAGAUAAUGGGCUGGGGCGAGAAAGCCAUCGAGAUCCGCUCCGUGGAGACAGGCCACCUGGACGGGGUCUUCAUGCACAAACGAGCUCAGAGGCUCAAGUUCCUGUGUGAGCGGAAUGACAAGGUAUUCUUUGCCUCCGUCCGCUCUGGGGGCAGCAGCCAAGUUUACUUCAUGACUCUGAACCGCAACUGCAUCAUGAAUUGGUGACAGGCCCUGGGCUGGAGCUCUCCCCCCACAGCCAGACUUCCCAGGCCGCCCUGCUUCCCCCUCCUUGGGCUUUUGCUUUUACUGGUUUGAUUCACUGGAGCCUGCUGGGAACGUGACCUCUGACCCUUGAUGCUUUUGUGACCACAUGACCACCUUCUUCCCCAACAUGUUCUCUUCCCCAAAACUGUGCCUGUCCCAUCUUCUGGAGAGAGGCACAGCUUCCCCUUAACAGGAAUUGAGUGGGCUUAGCCCCAUCCCCCCUUUUCUCCACUUAAGAGGAGAGUGCUUGGGGCUUGGACCCCGUACCCCACUGCUGCUGACUGGGCAGGGCCCUGGGCCCCUUUAUUUGCACGUCAGGGGAGCCGGCUCCCCCCUUGAAUGUACCAGACCCUGGGGGGGUGUCACUGGGCCCUAGGUUUUAGGGGGGUCAACAGCCACUCCAGGGGCAGGGACCAUUUCCUCAUUUUCUGAAAGCACUUUAAUGAUUCCCCUCCUCCCAAACCCCAGGGAAUGGAAGGGGGACCCCGCCAGCCAAAACAUUUCUCCCUUUCCAACCCUCAUCUCUUCUAGCCUCUGUCCUUUCCUGGUGGAGGGAGGGAGCAUGGAGCUCUGGCCCUCCACACCCCCUUGCUUGCAUCUGUAUAUAGUGUGAGCAGCAAGUAGCCCUGUUCCCUCCCUGCCCCUACCCCUCCUCAAUGUAGUGGCCUUGGAUAUCCCGUUUGUUAAUAAAGACUAUUCAACCAGCUCCCAC